UCUUACAUGCCCAACAAAUUCGAGAAUGAUAAAAAUAGCUCAACAUCCGGCAUCGUUUAUCAGUAGUUAUUAUUUGUUCAUGUAAUUCGGACAAUUUCGUUGAAUUUUUAUCGAAAAUUAUCUAUCAAAACCAUACUUUUUUACCUUAAAUUCCGCAUCACCAAUCUCAAAAUUUUUCAUUUUACUUGAAGCCAACGAAAAUAAGUAAAUAAUUGAAAAUGGAGCAACAAUUAAAGGAAUUGGCUCUUGAUUUUUUCAACGUGGGUGCUAUUAAAUUCGGCGAAUUCGUGACAAAAGUCGGUUUAUUAACACCUAUUUAUGUGGACUUGAGAGUUUUAAUUGCUCACCCUAAAAUAAUGCAAAAAUUAUCACGAGCUCUAUGGGAAUUAUCAAAUAAUAAGUUAUCAAAUAUAACGCAAAUCUGCGGAGUACCUUAUACAGCCUUACCAAUUGCAACAAUCAUUUCAGUUGAAUCAAACAUUCCAAUGUUGAUUCGGCGAAAAGAAGCAAAAAGUUAUGGGACCAAGAAAUUGAUCGAAGGACAAUUUGAAUCUGGAGAGCACUGUGUAAUUAUAGAAGAUAUUAUUACAAGUGGAAGCAGUGUUCUCGAAACUGCCAAAGAUUUACAAAACGAAGGCUUAAAGGUAACCGAAGCAUUAAUUGUCGUAGACAGAGAGCAAGGCGGACGGCAACAUUUGGAAGACCACGGAAUUAAAGUAUUGAGUCUAUUUACUCUUAGCAAAAUUAUUAAAUACCUCGUGGAAGCUGAGAAAAUUGAUAGAGAUGUCGCAGAAAAAGUUUCAAACUACUUGAAGAAUUCGCAAGCUCCUUUGAAAUUGAAUAAACAAGAGUCAAAUGAAGAGCGUUUGAAGAUGGACUUCGUCACUCGAGCAAAACUAGCGAAAAAUCCGUUAGCGAAAAAACUCUUGUUCCUUAUGGACAGGAAACAGACAACACUGUGUUUAGCAGCUGACUUAACAGACGCGGAAAAAAUUCUCGAAUUAGCCGAAUUAGCAGGAGAACACAUAGCAGUAUUAAAAAUUCACGUCGAUAUUAUAGUGAAUUUCUCUUCUGACUUUAUUACUCGACUUCAAGAGUUAUCGAAAAAAUACAAUUUUCUGAUAAUGGAAGAUAGAAAAUUCGGAGACAUUGGACAUACAGUUUCACUGCAAUAUCGAAAUGGAAUUUAUAAAAUAGCCGAAUGGGCGGACAUUGUAACCGUGCAUCCGCUGCCAGGAAAAGGAGUGAUCGAGGGAUUGAAGCACGGUCUCAAUGAUCUAACAGAAAUUCGCGGUAUUUUCCUUGUGGCAGAAAUGUCUUCUGAAGGAGCACUAACAACCGGAAAUUAUCUUUCUCAAGCUGUCUCCUUGUCAGAGGAUAUUAGUUUGGUAUCUGGCGUUGUUUGCCAGUCAAAUAUUUUUUCAGACCCUGGAUUAAUUCAACUCACUCCUGGAGUGAAAUUAGAAAAAUCCGGAGAUAACUUGGGACAAAAGUACAAUACUCCAGAGGAUGUUGUGAACUCUGGAGCAGAUUUGGCUGUUGUUGGCAGAGGAAUCACUGAAGCAUCUGAUAAACUUAGCGCUGUGAUUGAAUACAAAAGACAGUUGUGGGAUGCUUAUGAAAAGAGAAUCGUUAAACAAUAAGUCAACAGUUCCUCAACGAUUAAUAAGUCAUUGAUAUUUGUACAUACAAGCGACAAAUGCUUAUUUUUUUAAGCCAAAAACUUUUAUAUUAAAUGAAAUAAAACACUUAUUCUCUUAUAAAA